GAUCUUAAACACACCUGUUACAUUCCCCCAACAUUAUGUAACGCCGCUGGAAGCUGCAGCAGAAGCAUGCGGUUACUCAUAAUUACUGUUGUUCUUGUACUGGUUGUUGGGUGCAGACCUCAGGCAAUUCAGAAGCGAGACGUGAAGUGCAGUCACACAAAAUGUGGAGUCAACGAGGUAUGUGUUACCGAUGGGUCUGGUGAAAGAUGUGAAUGCAACUUUGGUUUCAUCAAGACACAGGGAAACAUUUACUGCCAACCGUCAAACACUGAGCGUCCUCUCGACAAGAUUAUUCGAACAAACCGACUAAAAGGAAUCCUGCAUGAACUGUUCGAGGGUGAUAUGAAGUUGAAUCUUGGUCAAAAACGUGCAAUUGACGUGUUCAAAGAACUCUACAGCUGGAAUAUUCUUGGCAAAAGAAAUAUAUUUCCUUUUGUCGGAAUCGACACAAAUCUUACCGACAGCUUACCCGACAUCCCCAUUCAGUACUGGCGUCUACCGGUGCCUGUUGCCUUUUCACCUGAUGUUCCAGAUUCAGUUCAACACAUCGUUGCGAAUAUGGGGCUCGAAGGUAACAACUUCUUCCGUCCGUAUACUGACAGAGACAUUGAUUACGUAAUGCUUCGGAAAGGUCCUGGAUGCUGGUCAUAUGUCGGUCGACAAGGGGGGAUGCAGGAGGUUGCUGUCGACGACGGUUGCAUCAGUGAGGACAUGAUAAUGCAUCUGUUCCUUCACACACUCGGGAUGUGGCAUGAACAAAACAGGGCAGAUCGGGAUGAGUAUAUAACUCUACACCCUCUCAACAUGGAAGACGGUGCAAUGGUGAAUUUCCAUCGGUAUCAUCUCUAUGAAACAAAGGAUAUUUUUAACCUAACCAUUGACAAUUAUACAGGGCACCAUCUGCCGCUUCUUUCAAAUUCACCAAACGCCUCUGAUAUAGAAAAAUAUUUCUUCACUAAUUUCAACUGUUCUGGUUUGAACUACGACAUUUGUUCUCUACUCCACAUUGGACCGUUUGCCUACUCCAAAAAUGGCGAACCUGUCUUUUCCCCUUUGAUAUGGAGAGAUCCAUGCGGCAAGGAAAACUUUCAACACGACAUCACCGUACUUGGGUGCAGUUAUGCUCUACAUUUUUUUGAAGAAUACCAUAGUUUGCCUGCUGGUUGCUUUCCACCAUCAUCAUUGGUUCAGAUGAAGAAUGGCAGAACGAAAACCAUGCGCGAGUUGAUGAUCGGUGACACAGUGAUGGUCAUGGACGAGGAGGGCCGGAUUUCCUUCAGUGACGUCCACCUGAUGAUGCACAAACUGGACCACACACCCGUAGAGUACGUCAUACUUUACACUGAGGAUGGCCCUACCUUGACAUUGAGCAAGGAACACGUGGUUUUUGUGACUUCAGUUUGGAGCCUUUCACCAGAAACUCGGAUGGCGUCAAAGGUCGAGGUCGGCGAUUAUCUGUUCCGCCCGGAAAUGACGAAUGGAUCUUUUGUUCCUGUGAAAGUGACAGCCAUAAGAAAACAAGUAAUCACAGGGGCAUACGCACCGACGACCUUGGCAGGAACCGUUGUCGUUGACGGCCACCUUGCAUCAUCCUAUGUGUUUGUGGAGGAUCAGAGUAUGGUCCAUGGCUUCUUUCUUCCCUGGCGUAUCGGCUACCACAUGUACAACGCCAUAUUUGGCAAAUCACUGUAUGUGCCGGCCACAGGGCUUCACUGGUCACUGAGAGCCUUUGUGUCUCUCUACUGUCGUAUUGCUGACCAUGAGUUUUGUGAUGAUAUCUUGAAAAUUUGAGGUGAUGUAUGUAUACAACACAGCAUAAAAUCAUGCUUGAGCAUGAACAUAAAAUCA